AUGGGUCUUUUAGACUUCAUAAACCGAGCCUUUUAUCCCCCAGUCCCUCCAGAAGGCGAAGAUUCUUCACCCACGAGUCCUGCAUCAACUUACACCAACGCAGACGUCACUGACGCACCUAUCGCUCAAAAUCCUCCCCCUCCAUACCAAGAAAUCACAGCACCCAAAGUAUGGAAGGUCGAAAUGACGUUUGGAUCUGACCCCAACUUGUUGAGGCAGGAGCGCCCGGUAGUGCAAAUGGACACAGGCUGGGAAGCCUACCUCGAACUUUCCACAACAGAUAUUGUCGGCUUGAUGAGAGAAGGGCUGUACGUGUCUCAGGACAAUGUCAUUGUGCAGGAGAAUUGCUUGACGAUGCGCCCGGACCCACAGAAAUACCAGACGCACUGCUAUGACCGUCAUUUUGCUCUUUCUGGUCCAGGUUGGGAAGGGAAGCUGGUGGUCUCGACACUGGGACUCCCUGUUGCAUCAAACUUCCGUGUCAAGCAUCUCUCAGCGGACAAAGUAUAUCGCUGUGAGGCCCGGGAUUUAUCUAAGGAGGGAAGUCGGGUAUAUAACUUCUGGCUAGAUGGUGAGGAAAACGCAAAUUACAUUUUGGACGACACUCCUUUGGAAGGCUUGUGGCCAUGGCCUCGUGAUGAAGACAUCACUCAAAAUUGA